CAAGCAGCUAGAGAAGAAGGUUAUAAAGUGUUGCUCGAUAUUUAUCACAAUUGGGAUGGAGAUUGUACUAUGCAAGCGCUAAAGAAGAAAAUUGAGAAUUUACGCUCGAAUUACUUUAAGGAAAAGAAAAAGGUGAUCGCAUCACAGAAAGCCGGAGGUAGAGUAUAUGUGUCAAACUUGUGGUAUUACAAUUUACUGACUUUCCUGAACAAAAGAAGGGCCAACGUGGACGAUGACUUGCCUUCUCAAGAUCCUUUAGAUAAUUAUCAAAAUGAGCAAACAUCGGACAGCGAAGAAACAAUCGUUAAGACAGAACCCAUCACGCGAAAACGACAACUAGAAAGACCAAUAACGGAUCGAAGAUCUCACCCAUCAGAUAUAGCAAGGAAAUUCCUCCCAACGCAGCGUUCCGAACCCUGGGAAAUAACAUACGGGAAAUCCAUCGGGCAUCAAAUGAAAGAUCUAAAGGGAGAUCAGUUUGUGAUCUGUCAGAAGCUUAUAUCAGAUGCUAUAUUUUUUGGGAAAUUUAAUAAAUUGAAUGAAAGUUCACAAAUUGUGAAUCCUGACAUUCCUCACACGGAGCCUCAAUUUCUUGAACAUAGAGGUAGUCUUCCGUUAUCGACGCGCCGCAUCCGGCGCACAGAACCGUUGACCCCAUUACACCGGCAGCCAUUAUUCCGUUCCACCGGACACUUUGCACCGCCGUCCGUUGCAGAGUAG